AUGAUGAGGAUAUUCUACAUGAUGGAAAAAACUGUUUUCAUGCGUAUCACUUCACGUGCGCACAGUGCAGUUUCGCAAAGGGCUGAGCUGACUAGGGAUGCAAGACUUGUCGAAAAGGAAUGGCUUUGUUUUCGGUGCUUUGAUAAGCAGUGUGAAGUUUGUGCUGCAUGUCACAAGACAAUUGAUGGAGAAAAUGAAUGC